AACUGCUCCGCCGUGCGGACCGCUCGAAUACAGUAAGUGGCGAGCCGGCGUUGUGAAUGCACGUGUUUUCGCUUCAACUCACCUGGGCGAAAUCCCAAAACAAAAAAAAAAAAAAACACAGCAACAACCAAACCAAAAAUCAAUAAAAUAUAAAUUCCUCAAAAUAUAAACACCAAGCACAUUAUAAAACAUGAAAUAUUAACGAGUACUGUGAGAUAUCGGAAACGUAUAUAUUAUAAAUACAUCAGAGUGUUGUGUGUGAAAACCAAACAGAAAAUACAAUUUUUUUCAAGUGACAAAGAACAAAACUGCUAAAAAUACAAAUAAAACAAAUCAAAACAUCUAAAUUUUUUUUCAAGUACAAUUUUUUCAAAGUGUUUGAAAAACGAAUUCAAAUAUUUUAGGAACUAGAAAAAAAAACAUACACACAAGGAUAAUUUUCCAAGUCACAAGGAUACGAUCUAAGAAAAGACAUGAAGAGGGCCAAGCAGAAGGCGAUUUGAGCUUCUAGCUCUCCAUGACACGAAAAAAACCAAAUAAAAAUUGGUUAUUUUUUUUUUUUUUAAUAUAUAAAUUAAAUACAUAUAAAUAUAAAGUGGACGAGCGGCAAACAAACAUACACACACAAUUGGAUUAGUGUUUUGUUUAUUUCGGGACACUUGGUGACUGUCCCUCGUCCACCCAAAAAAAAAAAAAAUCAAAAAUAAAACAAAUAACUAGCUCGCCAGCAGCAAGUCCGUCGCGUGUCGUGGUCGCCGUCUCCGUCGUAGUCGUCGCCGUCGCGUUGCGCCAAUCAUUUAUCGUAUAUCGCUAAUCGUUCAUCGUUAAUCGCUCAACAUGCCGAAGAUAUUCCUGAUCAAAAAUCGAUUGCACCAGCAGCAGCAGCGUUUGCUGGAAUCACAGAAUUUGCUACAGCACAAGAGCCAGGAUGACGAGCGGUGUCUGGUGCCGCCCUUGAGCCCAAAUAAUGGUGGUAGUGGUAGCGGUGCCGGCCCUUCGCCCACCCCCACACCCUCACCGCCGCCCACCGGGCAACCUCCGGAGCCGCAAGGCCAAGGCCAGGCCCAGGAUCAUGACCAACAGCCGCUGAGCCUCACGCGUAAGCGAUUCCAUCAUCGUCGCCACUAUUUUGGACAAUCGCGCAACAGCCUCGAUCUGGGACAUCAUCAAAACUCCAAUCAAAACCAACUCAAUCAGAAUCAAAAUCUAAAUCUAAAUCAAAGUCCCGCGGAAUUGGAAGUGGAGCGUUCAACAGGCCAAGUUCAAAAUGAAAACUUUGCUGCCGAAUUGUUGCAGCGCCUCAGCAACAACACCACCACCACUACCACCACCACCACCGAGAAUAUUGUUAAUAAUAUUAGCAAUAUUCGCAGUAAUAGCCCGUCUGUAAAAGCCACCACCUCCGUUUUAGCCACAAAAGACUGCCAAGAAAGCGCCGUAAAAGCAACAGCGAUAGCAACAACAACGGCGAGUAGCAUACCAAAGCAGGCGCACAAAGAGGACGAGGAAGAUAGGGCGGAAGAAGAAGAGGCAGCAGCAGUUGCGAAGCAGGCAGAAGCAGAGCAAGAGAAGGCGGUAGAAAUUGAAGAAGACGAAGAGGAGGAGGACGAGGACGACGAAGUGGAUGUGGGCGUAGAGGCGCCGCGUCCUCGUUUCUACAAUUCCGGCGUGGUCUUAACACAAGCCCAACGCAAGGAAUACCCCAAAGAGCCCAUUUCACCUGGAGUUUCCCCCCUCAUCACCACCCACCGCCGAUCCUCGCCUGCUUCUCGCUUGGAUUCCAACUGUUGCGCUUCCGAUUCCGACACGGAUUCGGAUGGCGGCUGCAAGCUAAUCGUGGACGAGAAGCCACCACUGCCGGUGGAUAAACCCUUAUCGUUGCGCCUGCGUAGCACACCGCCACCGGCAGAGAAGCGUCCCAGUCCGCCGCCACCACGUGAUCCAGCGCCGGCUGUUCGCUGUUCGGUUAUCCAGCGAGCGCCGCAAGCCCAACAGCAGCAGCAGCAGCAGAGUCAGCCACGCGGUUCCUUCCUCCUGCCGCCGCUCGAUCAGCUUGGGCCGGAGCAGCAGGAACCCAUUGAUUAUCACGUACCCAAGCGACGUUCGCCUUCCUACGAUUCGGACGAGGAGCUCAACGCCCGGCGACUGGAGCGUGCGCGUCAAGUGCGUGAGGCACGCAGACGUAGCACUAUCUUGGCUGCUCGCGUCCUUUUGGCACAGUCGCAGCGGCUAAAUCCGCGCCUGGUGCGCUCUUUGCCUGGCAUUUUGGCAGCUGCAGCAGGACACGGACGCAAUAGCAGCAGUUCCACCAAUCAGGGCUUUCAAUCCUCGGGUUUUGGCAGCCAAAGCAGCUCUAGUUCCGGCCAAGGCGGUGCGGGUGGCAAUCAGGGUGCCGGUGCAGGAUCACCAGGUGCAGGCAGCGGCAGCGGCGGCGGCGGAGGAGGGGGCUUUGGUCCUGGAGGCGGUGGCAUGGGCGGCGGUCGUGACGGACGCGGCAAUUACGGACCCAAUUCACCGCCCACUGGUGCAUUGCCACCGUUUUACGAGAGCCUUAAGAGCGGUCAACAGAGCACGGCCAGCAAUAACACCGGACAGGGUGGGAAUCAUCAUCAUUUCAACGGGAAUCCGGGAAAUUUUCUCUCGAUUCAAAACGCGGCAGCGGCUGCUUAUAUUAUGUCGGCGGGUUCCGGAGGAGGAGGUGGCUCUAGUGGAGGCGCAGGUGGUGGUGGAGGCGGAGGAGCAGGUGGUGGUGGAGGCGGAGGCGGAGGCAAUGGCUACAUCAACUGCGCUGCUGGUGGUGGUAAUAAUCCCCCCGGCAAUCUUGAUGGUAAUAAUCUUUUGAACUUUGCCAGUGUUUCUAACUAUAACGAGUCCAAUUCCAAAUUCCAUAAUCUUCAUCAUCAUCAUCUGCACCAUCACAACAACAACAACAACAAUAAUAAUAACAAUAAUGGAAACAACACACCCACAUCCAUGAUGGGUCAUCCCUUUUACGGUGGCAAUCCCUCAGCUUAUGGCAUCAUCCUUAAGGAUGAACCUGAUAUUGAAUAUGAUGAGGCAAAAAUAGAUAUUGGUAGCUUUGCCCAGAACAUCAUACAGGCCACCAUGGGCAGCAGUGGUCCCUUCAAUGCCACCGCCUAUGAGGAUGCCAUUAUGUCGGAUCUGGCCAGUUCGGGUCAGUGUCCAAAUGGUGCAGUGGAUCCUUUACAAUUUACGGCCACUUUGAUGCUCAGCUCACAGACGGAUCAUCUGCUGGAGCAGCUGUCGGAUGCAGUGGAUCUGAGCUCCUUUCUGCAGCGCAGCUGUGUGGAUGACGAGGAGGUGUCGACGAGUCCCAGGCAGGGUGACUUUGAGCUGGUAUCGACGCCCUCGCUAACGCCGGACUCGGUGUCGGUGACGCCCGUGGAGCAGCAUGGCGGUAGCGGUGGUAGCGGUGGUCCUGCCGCCCAGCUGGAUGCCUUGCAUGAGAAUCUGCUGACGCAGUUGACGCAUAAUUUGGCCAGGAAUAGCAGCAAUCAGCAGCAACAGCAGCAGCAUGUACAGCAGCAGCAGCAACAUGUGCAGCAGCCACAUGUCCAGCAUCAGCAACAUAAUGUGCAGCAACAGCAGCCACCGCCGUCGUAUCAGCAUGCCACACGCAAUCUGAUGAUGCAGCAGCAGCCGCAACAUGGUGGCUAUCAGCAGCAGUCUAACCUGAUUACGCAGCAGCAACAGCAGCAGCAGCUCUUGAACCAGCAACAGUCGCAUCAUGCCUAUCAGCAACAGCACAAUUUGUAUGCCCAGCAGCAGCAGCAACAUCAGCAACAUCAGCAGCAGCAGCAGCAUCACUUUCAUCACCAGCAACAGCAACAGCAGCAGCAACAUCACUCGCUUCAUCAUGGCCAUCAUGACAAUAGCAACAUGUCGUUGCCUUCGCCAACGGCAGCAGCUGCGGCGGCUGCUGCUGCUGCGGCCGCUGCUGCUGCAGCAGCAGCUCAUUUGCAGCGACCCAUGAGCAGCAGCAGCAGCACUGGCGGCUCUAACAAUAGCAGUAAUAGCAGUGCCGCAGGCGGCGGCAGCAGCAAUAGUAGUGCUGCACCAUUGCUAGAUGCUAAUGCAGCAGCAGCAGCAGCAGCCGCUUUGCUGGACACCAAGCCACUCAUUCAAAGCGUAAGUACUACCACAAAGUCACACUCGAUCUCUAAGCAAACACAGCAGCAAGAAGAACAGCAGCAACAGCAAAAAGAACAGCAACAGUCAGAGCAACAGCAACAGUUUCAGGAUCAGCACAAGCAAAUAACCUUGAUGACCACCACCACCACAUACACAGAGGUUGUGGAAAUGGUUUCCGUGGAUUGUCUGGUGGUCAAACCCGAGGUAGAGUCUCAGGUGAAUUCGGAGGAGGUGAAGCCCCCCGAUGAGCCUCUCAUCGAAGAGUUUAUAGUCACUGGAAUAGCAGCCGAGGAGGAGUUGCCGACCAAGAUGGAGGCAUUGUCACCUGCACCCCUAACCACCACAUAUACAAAACUGAAGCCACCACCAACAACAACAACAGAAACGCGUGAGAAGGGCGGCAGAAAGAUGCGCGGUGGCCGGGCCAAGGCUGUGGCCUAUGGCUCCACCAUUAUCACCAUGAUAUCCACAUUGAAGCCCUCGCCGGAAGUGCCGGCCACUAAGACCGUGCAUCGGACAACGUUGAGAUCCUUGGCAACGGCGUCGGCGGCCACAGCAGCGGGUCUGAUGGCGCCAUCGCCCACGGUUUCGGUGUUGAAUGAAUGCAAGGUUUUGCAGCGGCGCUUGGGACUGCCGCCGGAUUUGCAGCUGGAAUUUGUGAACGGCGGACAUGGCAUCAAGAAUCCUUUGGCCGUGGAGAAUGCCCAUGGUGGCCAUCACCGUAUACGCAACAUAGAUUGCAUUGAUGAUCUCAGCAAGCAUGGCCACCACUCUCAGCAACAGCAGCAGCAGCAACAACAUUCGCAGCAACAUUCACCGCAGCAGCAGCAGCAGCAAACCCUCCAGCAGCAGCAGCAGCAAUCUUUGCAGCAGCAGCAGCAGCAAUCCCUGCAGCAGCAGCAUCAUCAUCACCAUCAUCAGCAUCACAGCAACAGCAGCGCCAGCAGCAAUGCCAGCAGUCAUGGCUCUGCCGAGGCUCUGUGUUUGGGCUCCUCGAACUCGGGGGCCGCCGAUGAGUCGAAUGGCAACAACAAGUUCGUCUGCCGUGUGUGCAUGAAGACCUUCUCGCUGCAGAGGCUACUCAACAGGCACAUGAAAUGCCAUUCGGAUAUCAAGCGUUACCUGUGCACCUUCUGCGGCAAGGGCUUCAAUGACACCUUUGACCUCAAACGGCAUACGCGCACCCAUACGGGCGUGCGGCCCUACAAGUGUAAUCUGUGUGAGAAGAGCUUCACGCAGCGUUGCUCCCUGGAGUCGCAUUGCCAGAAGGUGCACAGUGUGCAGCAUCAGUAUGCGUACAAGGAGCGCAGGGCCAAGAUGUAUGUAUGCGAGGAGUGCGGCCACACCACCUGCGAACCGGAGGUACACUAUCUGCAUUUGAAGAACAACCAUCCCUUCUCGCCGGCCCUGCUCAAGUUCUACGACAAGCGGCACUUUAAGUUCACCAACUCGCAGUUUGCCAACAAUUUGCUGGGUCAACUGCCCAUGCCCGUGCACAAUUAGCGGGGGGCAGGCAGAGAUAAUAAUGAUUAAGGAUCAAGGAUCAAGGAUUAGGGAAUAUAUAAAAUCAAACACAAUGUGACUUUGAAGUUUUUUGAAAACUAAAACUGCCGCGGAAAGGAAUUUUUGGAGAUUAAAAUGUAUAGUUUUUUCUGAGCUUUAACUUUUAAGGCAAUUUACAAAAUAGUUAUUAGUCUGUAAGCUAAACUCACUCACUUACUUACUUUGCUGUGCAAAAGAAAAACCUUAGCCUUCACCAACAACACACCAACAAACACACUUGAACCUUAAACUUUUAGUUUUUCUAGUUAAAUCUUGAACUUUUCGUUUUAAUUUUUUUUUGUAUUAGUCAAAAAAGUUAAUAAUUAGAUUUACAAAACUAUAUAUAUAUAAAUAUAUAGAAGCUGCUUUGAGCAAUAACUAAUAAUGAAUUAUGUUUUAGCAAACCUUUGCAUUUAUUUUUUCCUUAACAAAACGAAAACAAGAAAAAGAAAUACCUUUUUGGAAUAUUUACUUUAUAACAUAACAUAUCUAUAAAUAUUUAUUACAAAUCAUUGUAAAGAGAGAGGCAAAAAAACAUUCGAAUUAAUUAAGAAACUAACUUAGGCCUAAGCUAUCAAACAAAACAAUCAUGUAAACUAAAGCUGUUUAUAAACACUGAAGUCAAAAUCUUAAUUAUGUAUACAUAAGUUUAUAAUCUUAUUGAAAAGGAACAAACAAAUCAGAAGACACGUUAAAUUGUGGUGAAAGAACAAAAAAUGAAGCGAGAAUAUUAAAUAUUAACUUGAAUAUA